AUGGCUGGCGGCCACUCACGCACCUACAGGAGUCAAGACGCACGUCUGACGCUCCUAGUCUUGUACACCGCCAACCAGCCAUCAGCAUGGCCUGAAUGCAUGAAAGUCAUCACGGAAGUCCUGUUGGCACUUCAGCCCGGACAGUCCGUGUUGUAUGGAUUCGCUAACUCCCCCACAGGCGGCUGCGCGCUUUCAAAGGCCGCGCGCCAAACUCCGCAAGUGCUCCAUGCACUAGAUUUCCUCUUCAACAAUUGUUGGCGGCUCCCCGAGACCAUCGGAGCCCGUCUGGCUCAUGGCGCAAGAAGUCUAAGUGCCGUCACCUUGGCAUCACACUCCACUUUGAUUUGGUGGCAAGCAAAUGUAGACCAGGACGUCUGGUUCAGCAGUUUGCAAGGCACUAAGGUUAACUUACUAGACCUAUUGGGCGAUAGCUAUAGCUCUAGCUUAGUGGUUCAAGCCUUACACUCUGCCGAUCAAGACGUUACUCUUGCCGAUGCUUGUGACGAGGCUGCCGACCUCAAUCACGAACCCUCCUCGGAAAAUGCCUUGCCUUCCAGUGACACCGAGCCGCUUUCAAUCCAUACACCACAAGGGCCUCUGUCAGCCAUCUCUGAAGGCUCCGAGCAGGAAGACGAGGCUCACGCCUUCCUGACGUCCUGUCCUUCUGAUGAACCGGCUCUUGUAGAGGCACUUCGUGUGAUGUUCGCACUGUCUGAGUCUGAAAGCCUGGAGGCCUCAAAAGAGGCCGCUGUGGACACUCACGUGCCCUACUUCGAUCCGGUUGAUCCAGUCACCACCACUAUACCCGACCCCUACCAGCACUACCGUUCAGCCCACGUUGACGCAGCCCUCUACGGAUCCCUUGACUACCACGACCCUGCAGGGAACAAGUGCGUAGAGCUGUGGUUCACUAGGGACAUGGCCAAGGUAGUUGGGGACGAUAGUGGUUUAGGCCCCGACGAAACAUAUGCCUUAAGAGUUUACGCCACAGGCUACCGCCAGGCUGUGAUCCAGCGGGAAACUGACUUGUUGACCCCGCAAGACAUGCUGAAACACCAGCCUCUGGUGGCAGCAGCUGCUUUAGAGGAGCUGCAAACCUGGCAUAAGUAUAAAUGUUUUAAACGGGUGCCUCGUGCCACAGCUAAGAACAUCAUGGACAGUAAGUUUGUGGCCAAAUGGAAAAUGGUCAAGGAUACGCAAGGCAAAGAGAAAAGGGUCGUGCGCAUGAGACUUGCGCUGCGCGGAUUCAAAGACAUGCGCGAAGGCCUAGAAAAUUUUGCAGCGACAGGCUCCAGGCAAUCGCAACGACUGCUUAGCUCCGAAGUGGCCUGCCAUCCGGGCUGGAAACUAGUAGCGGUGGACGUUGCCAAGGCUUUUCUCCAGGGAAUGACCUACCAGGAGAUGAGCGAGCUUACGGGAGAAGAUGAGCACGAAGUGCAUUUCGACUUACCGGCUCGCGAAGCCGAAUACCUCAAGCAGGUGCCAGGCUUUGAGGGUUUUGAUCCUCGUAAGGAAACUUUAAAGUGCUUAAAGCCCGGCACCGGGUGCCGUGAUGCACCCCGUGCUUUUGCCUUGAAGCUUGCCCAGUUUACGCGGUCCGAAACUAUCGGUCUUCGGCCUUCUCUCUACGAUUCCGAACUGGAAUUGAAACAUGUUGGCAGUCGUCUGGUGCUCCUCUUGGUGAAGCACGUCGACGACUUGAAGAUCGCUGGGGAACCCCGCGAGGUCGAUGCCCUGGUGGCACAUCUCGAAUCCGGGUUCGGAAAGCUCGCCUAUCAAGAGAAUACCUUCACUGUGUGUGGCCUGACACAUGUCAGGCACAGCGAUGGCAGUAUCGAAAUGAAUCAGGAUUCUUACAUAGCAGCCAUGCGACCCAUUCAGCACCCUGAGUUGACGGGAAGAGCCAGUAGUGAGCAGUGCACUCCAGUUGUGCACGGCCUGUUCCAGAGUCUCUUGGGUGCAGUAGCGUACAGUCUACUUUCGCAGGCUUGGGCUGCUGUGUUCGUGGUGGCCCUUCAACGACACGCUGCAGCACCGACAAACCUCCAUGUGAGGCGCUUAAAUCUUCUGCUGGCAGCCCUGCAGAAGCAAAAGGCCAAGCUGCUCUUUCCUGUCAUGACCUGCGCACGCCGUAUAGUCGUAUUCUCAGAUGCUUCUUUCAGCAAGGAGAGUGAUCAAAAGGGAUACGGCAUGCGUGGAGCUGUGUUCUUGCGAAUGGGCUCCCACAAAGGACAGGAGCGCUGUCACUUCUUGGAGGCUCAUUCCCAAAGCCUCAAGUUGGUCACCAGAAGCACCUUCGCUGCCGAGACUUUGGCCGCUGUAGGAGCAGUGGACUCUCUUGCAGCUUUGUUGGUGACUCUCCAGGAAGUGUCGUGCGGCACACUGUCCACUGAGGACGUCUUGGCCCGGUGUCGUCAGCUCGUGGCCCCUGCAACCCUGCCCAAGGAUUUGGUGUGGCGCGCAUGCGCGGCUCACAAUGAGCGGAACUUCCUCAUUGUGCGGCCGCCGACAGAGAGUGCAGAAUCUGGCGAGCUUUUGGUGGUGCACGAAAGCGGGCGUGCUGGGAGCCGCGCGCAGCAGCAAGUGCCCUACAAGGAUGGCUUGACUGACAAGCUCUUCGCAGUGGACCACGAGCGGCAAGAGUGCACCCGAAUGUGGAGUCAGCAGAAAUCGGAUGACCUGAUGGCCCAGAUGGACAACAUCGACGAAGAGAUCGCCGAGCCGUUCAAGGAAGCGCUCAAAUCAGAACUGCGCAAGUACGUCGACAGCCGCUACGCAGAUCAGGGAGGUAUGAGCACAGGUGCUGCUUCCUACACACUUUAUAGCAGCAAAGGCCAGGAAGUGGGGGGCGACAUUGAGCUCACGAUGAUCGUCGCUGCCCGCCGGGCCAGACCUCGCGGAUUAUGGUCCGGCACGUGGACCUCCCAGUGGCGGACGCUUUUCGAGCCGGGACAGGCCGAGCCUGUCAAGAUGGUGGGUAUUCUGGAGUUCAUCAGCCACUAUGCCGAGGAUGGAAACGUGCACUUCCGCCGGCGAGCAGAGUCUCGGAGCUCAGUCAAGGAGACAACGGACCCGAUAAAGUUCGCCCUGGAGGUGGUGAAGGCCAUCCGAAAGGAGGAGGACAGCUUCCAAGCCUCCACGGAGGACCAAGUCGACUCACUUUGUGACGGUACGCUGCGCGCUCUGCGGCGGACGCUGCCUGUGUCGAAGGAGCGCUUCGACUGGCGCCCGAGUCGCCAUGCCUUAGUCAGAGACCUGAAGGCAGCUGGCAAAGACGGCGGAAGCUGA